CUUACCAAACACAUACUUGAAAACAACAUGAAAUAAAUACGUUUGAUAGCAACAUUUAUUUUUAAAAUUUGCAAUAUAAGAAAUAGUAAGCAAAGCAAUCAGUUUCUCAUCCAAAUGGUACUAAGAGUUAAACAUCAACCUUUGUUUCAUGCAAGAAAUGAUUAAGAAACAUCAAAACUGAACUAAAAGAUUAAUUAGAAAUUAAUCAUCGCAUCAUCAAAUAUGGGUUUGGGUUUGAAGCCUUUGUUGAUCUUCUUCGCUCAUCUCAUCCUCUUGAUUGAUACAACUGCAGCUCAAGAAUCCAACGUCAAUGCCAUGUUCUUGUUGGGAGAUUCUUCUGUAGAUUGUGGCUUCAAUACUCUGUUUUACCCUCUUCUCCACCGCAAUUUCUCUCUUCUUCCUUGUGACGCCAAUGCCACUUCCUCUCUUCUUCCUUUUCUUCUUGCUGACAAGAUCGGCCUCCCGCACGCUCAACCUUUCUACAAUCAGAAUGAAUCCCUUGAAGCCAUCCUAAACGGCCUCAACUUCGGUUCCCCACAAGCAACAAUCAUGAGCAACGAGCAAAGCUAUCAGUCUCUCAACCAACAACUACGCCAAGUCCUCGACGCCAUUCAACUCUUACGCUUGCAACUCGGGCAACAUGCUGCUCGCCAUUUCAUCCAAUCAUCCCUCUUCUACCUCUCGUUCGGCGAGGUUGAUUUCAUCAAUCUUUAUCUUUUGAAAUCGUCUGAACGUAAGUAUGGGGGUGAGGAAUUUGCUCGACUGCUAGUAUCGCAAAUGGUGAUCGCCAUAAGAAACUUGCAAGAAGCUGGAGCGAGAAAGAUCGUAUGCAUGGGAAUACUGCCAUUGGGAUGCAGUCCUCGAGUGCUAUCUGAAUGGCGUGAUUCCCCUGCGGACACGUUAGAUAAGAAGGGGUGUGUGAAAGAGAUGAAUGAAUUGGUUGGGAAGUACAAUGAAGUGAUGGAAGAGGAAAUGGUGAAGUUGAAUGCAGAGUUUGGAGAUACUCAAAUGAUAUUUUGCGACGUUUACAAAGGGAUGAUGGAGAUCAUUGGAAAUCCAACUCGAUACGGAUUCAAGGAAUCGAAGAGUGCAUGUUGUGGGGUUGGUUGGUAUAAUGCAAGCGCAGUAGGAUGUGUUGCAAUGGAGAUAGCGUGCAGGGAUGUUAGGAGAUAUGUGUGGUGGGAUUUGUACAAUCCCACGGGAGUGGUAAAUGCUUUGCUUGCGGAUUCAGCAUGGGGGAAUCGACCCUUCUCCACAAUCUGCCGUCCAUCCACUAUUCAAGAUUUACUAUUCACAUGAGUUUCCAAUAGUGACAAUUUUUGUAUGGAUGACCAA